GGCUCGCAGCCUUCCCUGCCGGUCUAUCCCCCUGACAGCCAGCAGCAGCAGCAGCAGCAGCACCAAUCCACACCGCACUGCGCGCCCGUCGCCGCUCGUCUCUGUCUGGAGCAGUAUGCGUCCCGUUUUAUGACGCCCGGGACAGCGGUGGCAGGACGCUCCGUUACAUACAUCGGCCGCUACCGGUAGAAGCGACGCAUCCAUCCUCCGCGGACGCCGCAGACCGACAGGACCCAUGGGCGCUGCUGCGGAUGCACCCUUUGCGCACUGGUGAUCUAUGGUGACCCGCCGUUCGGGGCUCCGGCUUCAGAGGCAAGGAUCGAUCGAGCCGCGCAGCCCACCCCCGGGGACGACAGGGGAGCGAGAUGGGGAGCACGACCUCUUGCUGCGUGUCCGCCAGCCCCAAGCUCCGCCGAAAUGCCCACUCCAGGCUGGAGUCGUACCACCAGGAGUCGGAUCUGAGCAGGGAGGAGACGGGAUGCAACCUGCAGCACAUCAGCGACAGGGAGAACGUCGACGAGCUGAACAUGGAAUUCAAUCCGUCGGACCAUCCGCGGGCCAGCACCAUAUUCCUCAGCAAAUCCCAGAAUGAGGAGGUGCCGUACAGGAGUGUGCAAGAAAAACGAAAGAGCCUCUUCAUCAAUAAUCAUGGAACGCUGAGGCGGAAAUGCAGCUCCUGCUCCACCAUCUUCCUCGACGACAACACAGUCAGCCAGCCCAACCUCAAAUACACCAUCAAAUGCGUAGCGCUGGCGAUUUACUACCAUAUAAAAAACAGGGACACAGAUGGAGGAAUACUGCUGGAUAUAUUCGAUGAAAAGCUUCACCCUCUCUCAAAAUCGGAGGUGCCGCUGGACUACAACCGGCACGAUCCAGAGCAGAAGCAGAUCUACCGGUUCGUCAGGACGUUGUUCAGCGCUGCUCAGCUCACGGCUGAGUGCGCCAUCGUCACACUGGUCUACCUGGAGAGGCUCCUGACCUACGCAGAGAUUGACAUCUGUCCGGGGAACUGGAAGAGGAUUGUUCUGGGUGCUAUCCUGCUGGCCUCCAAGGUCUGGGAUGACCAGGCUGUCUGGAAUGUCGACUACUGCCAGAUCCUCAAGGAUAUCACCGUGGAGGACAUGAACGAACUGGAGCGCCAGUUCCUGGAGCUGUUGCAGUUCAACAUCAACGUGCCGUCCAGUGUCUAUGCCAAGUAUUACUUUGACCUGCGAUCGCUUUCGGAGUCCAACAACCUCAGCUUUCCCCUGGAGCCGCUCAGCAGGGACAAGGCCCAAAAACUAGAGGCUAUUUCCAGACUAUGUGACGACAAGUACAAAGACGUGCGGAGAGCUGCCAGGAAGCGCUGGGCCAGCGCGGACAAUCUAUGUGGAAUCAGAUGGGUUCCCGCAAUUCUCUCCUAACCGUGAAUCCGCGGCCCUGUGCCGAACCCCGGCGUCGGGCUACAGACACUAACCGCGUCCCCCCGCUGACGGGGGGGGGGGGCAAACUCUAGAAACAGAGGUUGGUGGAAAUAGACCAACGUGGUUGUGUGCUGAGUUCAAGAGCUUCAUUCUGCAAACCCAGAUAACACCAAUAAUACCAAGACCUCACACUUUCAAACUGGAGGCAACGAAACUGAAACCACAUCCGUAGUUUUGGGAGAUGAGGUAAACUCCGGAGAGAUCUCUGACCUAACUUAACUGAUGCCUUCGCAGUGCCUCAAGUCAGCAUCGAAAGAAGAGAAGGGAGUUCCUGGUUGUCUUAUCACCUGUGGAGAAAAGUCCAGCUUUGGACCGUAAAGGACGCCCUGGACACGACGGAGCCUUCAGACCUCUGCGGACGGCAGCGUGCGCCUGCCUUAAUGUAAAGCCUCUGUGUUGAGUUUUCUGGUUUUGUCUGACUAAUCUGUUUGUUUGACAUUAACCUGCCUUUCAGAUGGCCCUGGAACUUUACAAUGAAGCACAUUAUUUAUUUGACCUUUUUAUUAUUUGAACUUUUCAGCAGUUGCAGCUGCCUGGUCCCUAACUGCAGAAUUUCAGAAUCCCUAGCGUAGCACUGGAGUUUGUACCGAUUAUUUAUUUCCUCUGACAGGUCUCAGAAUAAUAAAAGUGUCCGCAAGUUUUCUUCUCUGGAAAUCUUUUUACACAAGGUUUACACUAUUUGUGGUGUACCUCUUGAUACUCAGGUAGUCUGCUUAGCGUGAUGAUUGAUAUUGAUGCUCCUCGUUUGAGUUAUGCUGAGGGUUGAAAUCUAACCAGUGACAAGCAAACUGCCGACGAAAGGGGGUCGAUUUCCCGCAGAUCAAAGUACGGACUCUCGCCGAGCCAAGCCGAAGUCUCGAUGCCCGUCAGGACUCUGAGUAGAGUCAGUGCAUCUCUCUGCUGACCUCUAGUGGAUAUUUGAGCCCUGAGGAAAAGGCACCAAUUAGAGGUUUCGGUGAUUUUUAAAGAGUCAGUUCACUCGAAUUCCAAAAUCUUAGUGGAGCGGUGAUUUCUUCCUCCACUCCACGAAUGAAUGGCAGUUUGCUUUUGCUGUGAUGGGCAGUGACAGACAUCCAAAAACACGUCAAUGGGCAAAUAAAACCAAAACAAACCUACGAGAUGAGAUACCGCCAGAUGCAAGUGAGAAAAUAUGUCUUGGAAGGUGGCGCUGCUAAUUGGACAAAUAUGCAGGGGUUAGUUUGCGCUUGCACAGAUGUGUUUAGCGCCUCGGUUUUAGAUUCAGACAUACUAGUUCAUCCUCAGACCAACAGAAUAAUCACAGCUGGGUACACAGGUCUGACAGGGACACUCUGGAGAGGAUGUGAGGAGGCCACAGGGCGCUGCUUCGUUUUUAUUUCCUCAGUGCUACGGAGCCCGAUGACAACACAAUACAUCCACAGAGCAUUUGGGAAACCUUAAAUCCAAAAAACAAAAAAAAAAGAAUCUCCAGUCUCAUAGGUCUCAAGCUCAGUGGCUGCUACCGCAGUGUCUUUUUUUUCCUGGCCGACCCCUUCACAGUGCUGUCGUAUUCAUGAGUUAGUUUGUUCAUUCAUAAACCUUAAAUCCGAUGACAACAUCCAUAAGAACUCCGCGGUGGUACCACUACACAGCAUUGUUAAAAUCCGUCAAGCUUUCACGGGACACCACUACUUUGCUGAGGAACUGGGAACAAAGUUAACUUUUCAACAGCGGACUUAACCAAAGAAAACUGUACGAAUGGGGGGGGGGUUCGCAUUAUAAGACAUCUGUAAAGAAGCUGUCACAGGUGUGAUCACCACAGUCACUAGGGUGUGACCAACAGCAGCGGCGUAUCCUGGAUUAAGGCACUAGCCAUGGUGAACGCUCCCAAUUUCCAAAAAACGGUCAGAAUCGGUCAAAGGAUACCAAGGAAGUGACCUAGGGUUUGAUUGAGCACAAGGAUAAAACAUUCUUUUGGUAUUUGCGUAUGUCAACCAAACAGAAAGAGGAACAAUAUUAACCAUUUUCCUGCACUUGUACUCUUUUCAAUCUCAAUAUGAAGGUUAUUUAAUAAAACCCGACGGCUGAGCCAAGAACUUAAUAGUCUUGAAACCUCUGACAAAUUCAUUCUUGUCUAUCUCCAUUAAGCAUCUCACUUCAGUCUAAUUGCUAAUGGCAAACAACUGAUCAGGGUUUGAUUAUUUUUUUUUUUAAAAACGUGUCUGAAAACUGAAGCACUACAGUUAUUUUGAAAACCAACUUUGUACAGUGUAUGAAGAGUUCCAAAAGUGAGACAGGUCAAUUGUAAAUUACUUGUGGAUUUGUUGAUUUGUGUUUUUAAUAAAAGAAAAUGCUCUUG